AUGCGGCUGGCGGCACCAGUCGACAGGAAAAAGUGGCUGGGCCGGGAACAGGGCAGGUCCAGCAGUGAGUUUACGCAGGAGGUCAAUGCACCCAGGAUGUUGGAGCCGUGGGGUCGCCGUCCGAGCGGUGGGGGUGUUACUGGUGUCUCCUCGCCAGUCGCUGAAGAAGCGGUGAUGAAGAAUGGCCGAGCAAAGAAGAACCUAAGAGAAGAGAAGACCCCAGACCCUCACUGCUGCUCCGUCAUACCGCCCUGGUAG